CCCCCUGUGUUGUCGCCUCUCCCUCUCGCUGCUUCACUUCACGGGGCGAACAUGGCGCACAGCUGUCGGUGGCGCUUCCCCGCCCGACCCGGGACCACCGGGGGCGGCGGCGGCGGGGGGCGCCGGGGCCUGGGGGGCGCCCCGCGGCAACGCGUCCCGGCCCUGCUGCUUCCCCCCGGGCCCCCGGUCGGCGGCGGCGGCCCCGGGGCGCCCCCCUCCCCCCCGGCUGUGGCGGCCGCGGCGGCGGCGGCGGGAAGCAGCGGGGCUGGGGUUCCAGGGGGAGCGGCCGCCGCCUCAGCAGCCUCUUCGUCGUCCGCCUCGUCUUCGUCUUCGUCAUCGUCCUCAGCCUCCUCUGGGCCGGCCCUGCUCCGGGUGGGCCCGGGCUUCGACGCGGCGCUGCAGGUCUCGGCCGCCAUCGGCACCAACCUGCGCCGGUUCCGGGCCGUGUUUGGGGAGAGCGGCGGGGGAGGCGGCAGCGGAGAGCUAACAACACAGAUCCCAUGUAGUUGGAGAACCAAAGGCCUCAUACAUGACAAAAAGACUGAACCGUUCAGGUUACUUGCAUGGAGUUGGUGCUUAAAUGAUGAGCAGUUCUUAGGUUUUGGCUCAGAUGAAGAAGUCCGAGUACGAAGUCCCACAAGGUCUCCUUCAGUUAAAACUAGCCCUCGAAAGCCUCGCGGGAGACCCAGAAGUGGCUCUGACCGGAAUUCGGCUCUCCUCUCAGAUCCGUCUGUGUUUUCCCCUCUAAAUAAAUCGGAGACCAAAUCUGGAGAUAAGAUCAAGAAGAAAGAUUCUAAAAGCAUAGAAAAGAAGAGAGGAAGACCCCCCACCUUCCCUGGAGUAAAAAUCAAAAUAACACACGGAAAGGACAUUUCAGAGCUACCAAAGGGAAGCAAAGAAGAUAGCUUGAAAAAGAUUAAACGGACACCUUCUGCUACAUUUCAGCAAGCCACAAAGAUUAAAAAAUUAAGAGCAGGUAAACUCUCUCCUCUCAAGUCUAAGUUUAAGACAGGGAAGCUUCAAAUAGGAAGGAAGGGGGUACAGAUUGUCCGACGGCGAGGAAGGCCUCCAUCCACAGAAAGGAUAAAGACCCCUUCCGGCCUCCUCAUUAACUCUGAACUGGAAAAGCCCCAGAAGGUCCGGAAGGACAAGGAAGGAACACCUCCACUCACAAAAGAAGAUAAGACAGUAGUCAGACAAAGCCCUCGAAGGAUUAAGCCGGUUAGGAUUAUUCCUUCUUCUAAAAGGACAGAUGCGACAAUUGCUAAGCAGCUCUUGCAGAGGGCGAAAAAGGGGGCUCAGAAGAAAAUCGAGAAAGAAGCGGCCCAGCUGCAAGGCAGAAAGGUGAAGACACAGGUCAAGAACAUUCGGCAGUUCAUUAUGCCUGUCGUCAGUGCCAUCUCCUCGCGCAUCAUUAAAACCCCUCGGCGGUUCAUAGAGGAUGAGGAUUAUGACCCUCCAAUUAAAAUUGCCCGACUCGAGUCUACCCCGAACAGCAGAUUCAGUGCCACGUCCUGUGGGUCUUCUGAAAAAUCAAGCGCGGCUUCUCAGCACUCCUCUCAAAUGUCUUCGGACUCCUCCCGAUCCAGUAGCCCCAGCGUCGAUACCUCCACAGAUUCUCAGGCCUCGGAGGAGAUCCAGGUACUUCCUGAAGAGCGGAGCGAUACCCCCGAAGUUCACACCCCACUGCCUAUUUCCCAGUCCCCAGAAAACGACGGCAACGACAGGAGGAGCAGAAGGUAUUCCGUGUCCGAGAGGAGUUUCGGGUCGAGAGCGACGAAAAAACUGUCCACCCUGCAAAGUGCCCCCCAGCAGCAGCCCUCCUCCUCUCCGCCUCCGCCCCUGCUCACCCCACCCCCGCCGCUGCAGCCGGCCUCCAGCAUCUCUGACCACACACCUUGGCUCAUGCCUCCCACCAUCCCCUUAGCAUCACCAUUUUUGCCUGCUUCUGCCGCUCCCAUGCAAGGGAAGCGAAAGUCGAUCUUGCGAGAACCGACGUUUAGGUGGACCUCUUUAAAGCAUUCUAGGUCAGAGCCACAGUACUUUUCCUCAGCAAAGUAUGCCAAAGAAGGUCUUAUUCGCAAACCCAUAUUUGAUAAUUUCCGACCCCCUCCGCUGACUCCUGAGGACGUUGGCUUCGCGUCGGGUUUCUCUCCAUCUGGUACUGCUGCUUCAGCCCGAUUGUUUUCACCGCUCCACUCCGGAACAAGGUUCGAUAUGCACAAAAGGAGCCCUCUUCUGAGAGCUCCCAGAUUUACUCCAAGCGAGGCUCACUCUAGAAUAUUUGAGUCUGUAACCUUGCCUAGUAAUCGGACUUCUGCUGGAACGUCUUCUUCAGGAGUGUCCAACAGAAAAAGGAAAAGGAAAGUCUUUAGUCCCAUUCGAUCUGAACCAAGAUCUCCUUCUCACUCCAUGAGGACAAGAAGCGGAAGGCUUAGCACCGCUGAGCUGUCACCUCUCACCCCGCCGUCUUCUGUCUCUUCCUCGUUAAGCAUAUCUGUUAGUCCUCUUGCCACUAGUGCCUUAAACCCAACUUUUACUUUUCCUUCUCAUUCCCUGACUCAGUCUGGGGAGUCUGCGGAGAAAAGCCAGAGACCAAGGAAGCAGACUAGUGCUCCGGCAGAGCCGUUUUCAUCCAGCAGCCCCUCUCCUCUCUUCCCUUGGUUUACCCCAGGCUCUCAGACUGAGAGAGGGAGAAAUAAAGACAAGGCCCCUGAGGAGCUGUCCAAAGAUCGAGAUGCUGACAAGAGCGUGGAGAAGGACAAGAGUAGAGAGCGAGACCGGGAGAGAGAAAAAGAGAAUAAGCGGGAGUCAAGGAAAGAGAAAAGGAAAAAGGGAUCAGAGAUUCAGAGUAGUUCUGCAUUGUAUCCUGUGAGUAGGGUUUCCAAAGAGAAGGCCGUUGGUGAAGAUGUUGCCACUUCAUCUUCCGCCAAAAAAGCAACAGGGCGGAAGAAGUCUUCGUCGCUUGAUUCUGGGACUGAUAUGGCCUCCGUGACUCUUGGGGACACAACAGCUGUCAAAACCAAAAUACUUCUAAAGAAGGGGAGAGGAAAUCUGGAAAAAACCAACUUGGACCUCGGCCCAACUGCCCCAUCCCUGGAGAAGGAGAAAACCCUCUGCCUUUCCACUCCUUCAUCUAGCACUGUUAAACAUUCCACUUCCUCCAUAGGCUCCAUGUUGGCUCAGGCAGACAAGCUUCCAAUGACGGACAAGAGGGUUGCCAGCCUCCUAAAAAAGGCCAAAGCCCAGCUCUGCAAGAUUGAGAAGAGUAAGAGUCUUAAACAAACUGACCAGCCCAAAGCACAGGGUCAAGAGAGCGAUUCAUCAGAGACCUCUGUGCGAGGACCCCGCAUUAAACAUGUCUGCAGAAGAGCUGCUGUUGCCCUUGGCCGAAAACGAGCUGUGUUUCCUGAUGACAUGCCCACCCUGAGUGCCUUACCAUGGGAAGAACGAGAAAAGAUUUUGUCUUCCAUGGGGAAUGACGACAAGUCAUCAAUUGCUGGCUCAGAAGACGCUGAACCUCUUGCUCCACCCAUCAAACCAAUUAAACCCGUUACCAGAAACAAGGCGCCUCAGGAACCUCCAGUAAAGAAAGGACGACGGUCCAGGCGGUGUGGGCAGUGUCCCGGCUGCCAGGUGCCUGAGGACUGUGGUGUUUGUACUAAUUGCUUAGACAAGCCCAAGUUUGGUGGCCGAAAUAUAAAGAAGCAGUGCUGCAAGAUGAGAAAAUGUCAGAAUCUACAAUGGAUGCCUUCCAAAGCCUACCUUCAGAAGCAAGCAAAAGCUGUGAAAAAGAAAGAGAAGAAGUCUAAGACCAGUGAAAAGAAAGAGAGCAAAGAGAGCAGUGCUGUGAAGAAUGUGGUGGACUGUAGUCAGAAGCCUACCCCGGCAGCAAGAGAGGACCCUGCCCCCAAGAAAAGCAAUAGUGAACCACCCCCUCGAAAGCCCGUUGAGGAAAAGAGUGAAGAAGGGAACGCCUCUGCCCCAGGACCUGAAUCCAAACAAGUUACCACCCCGACUUCCAGGAAGUCCAGCAAGCAGGUCUCCCAGCCGCCUCCAGUCACCCCCCCACAGCCACCAAGCACAGCACCGCCAAGAAAAGAAGUUCCCAAGACCACUCCUAGCGAGCCCAAGAAAAAGCAGCCUCCACCACCAGAAUCAGGUCCAGAGCAAAGCAAGCAGAAAAAAGUGGCUCCUCGACCAAGUAUUCCUGUAAAACAAAAACCAAAAGAAAAGGAAAAGCCACCUCCAGUCAGUAAGCAGGAGAACACAGGCACUUUGAACAUCCUCAGCACUCUCUCCAAUGGCAAUAGUUCGAAGCAAAAAAUCCCAGCAGAUGGAGUCCACAGGAUCAGAGUGGACUUUAAGGAGGAUUGUGAAGCAGAAAAUGUAUGGGAGAUGGGAGGCUUAGGAAUCCUGACCUCUGUUCCUAUAACCCCCAGAGUGGUUUGCUUUCUCUGUGCCAGUAGUGGGCAUGUAGAGUUUGUGUAUUGCCAAGUCUGUUGUGAGCCCUUCCACAAGUUUUGUUUAGAAGAGAACGAGCGCCCUCUGGAGGACCAGCUGGAAAAUUGGUGUUGUCGUCGCUGCAAGUUCUGUCAUGUCUGUGGAAGGCAGCACCAGGCUACAAAGCAGCUGCUGGAGUGUAAUAAGUGCCGAAACAGCUAUCACCCUGAGUGCCUGGGACCAAACUACCCCACCAAACCCACAAAGAAAAAGAAAGUUUGGAUCUGCACCAAGUGUGUUCGUUGCAAGAGCUGUGGAUCCACGACUCCAGGCAAAGGAUGGGACGCACAGUGGUCUCAUGAUUUUUCACUGUGCCACGACUGUGCCAAACUCUUUGCUAAAGGGAACUUCUGCCCUCUGUGUGACAAGUGCUAUGACGACGACGACUACGAGAGCAAGAUGAUGCAGUGUGGGAAGUGCGACCGCUGGGUCCACUCCAAAUGUGAGAAUCUUUCAGGUACAGAAGAUGAGAUGUAUGAGAUUCUAUCUAAUCUGCCAGAAAGCGUGGCCUAUACUUGUGUGAACUGUACUGAGCGGCACCCUGCAGAGUGGCGACUGGCCCUUGAAAAAGAGCUACAGAUCUCUCUGAAGCAAGUCCUGACAGCUUUGCUGAACUCUCGGACCACCAGCCACUUGCUCCGCUACCGACAGGCUGCCAAGCCACCAGACUUAAAUCCUGAGACGGAGGAGAGCAUACCUUCCCGCAGCUCCCCGGAAGGGCCUGACCCGCCGGUGCUUACCGAGGUCAGCAAACAGGAGGAGCAGCAGCCUUUAGAUCUGGAAGGAGUGAAGAGGAAAAUGGACCAAGGGAGUUACACAUCCGUGUUGGAGUUCAGUGAUGAUAUCGUGAAGAUCAUUCAAGCAGCCAUUAAUUCAGAUGGAGGACAGCCAGAAAUUAAAAAAGCCAACAGCAUGGUCAAGUCCUUCUUUAUUCGGCAAAUGGAACGUGUUUUUCCAUGGUUCAGUGUCAAAAAGUCUAGGUUUUGGGAGCCAAAUAAAGUAUCGAGCAACAGUGGGAUGUUACCAAACGCAGUGCUUCCACCUUCACUUGACCAUAAUUAUGCUCAGUGGCAGGAGCGAGAGGAAAACAGCCACACUGAGCAGCCUCCUUUAAUGAAGAAAAUCAUCCCAGCUCCCAAACCUAAAGGGCCCGGAGAACCAGACUCUCCAACACCACUCCAUCCUCCUACACCACCAAUUCUGAGUACUGAUAGGAGUCGAGAAGAUAGUCCAGAACUGAAUCCACCCCCAGGCAUCGAGGAUAAUAGACAAUGUGCAUUGUGUUUGAUGUAUGGUGAUGACAGUGCUAAUGAUGCUGGCCGUUUGCUAUACAUUGGCCAAAAUGAGUGGACACAUGUAAAUUGCGCUUUGUGGUCAGCAGAAGUGUUUGAAGACGAUGAUGGAUCACUAAAGAAUGUGCACAUGGCUGUGAUCAGGGGCAAACAGCUGAGAUGUGAAUUCUGCCAAAAGCCAGGAGCCACUGUGGGUUGCUGCCUUACAUCCUGCACCAGCAACUAUCACUUCAUGUGUUCUCGCGCCAAGAACUGUGUCUUUCUGGAUGAUAAGAAAGUAUAUUGCCAACGACAUCGGGAUUUGAUCAAAGGCGAGGUGGUUCCUGAGAAUGGAUUUGAAGUUUUUAGAAGAGUGUUUGUGGACUUUGAAGGAAUCAGCUUGAGAAGGAAGUUUCUCAAUGGCUUGGAACCAGAAAAUAUCCACAUGAUGAUUGGCUCCAUGACAAUUGACUGCUUAGGAAUUCUGAAUGAUCUCUCUGACUGUGAAGAUAAGCUUUUUCCUAUCGGAUAUCAGUGUUCCAGGGUGUACUGGAGUACCACGGAUGCUCGCAAGCGCUGUGUGUACACGUGCAAGAUAGUGGAGUGCCGUCCUCCGGUUGUAGAGCCAGAUAUCAACAGCACUGUGGAGCACGAUGAAAACAGGACCAUCGCUCACAGUCCCACGUCUUUUGCAGAAAUUUCAUCUAAAGAAAGUCAGAACACAGCUGAAAUUAUAAGUCCUCCCUCACCAGACCGACCUCAUUCGCAAACCUCUGGUUCCUGUUUUUAUCAUGUCAUCUCGAAGGUCCCUAGGAUUCGAACACCUAGUUACUCUCCAACACAGAGAUCCCCUGGCUGUCGGCCAUUGCCUUCUGCAGGAAGUCCUACCCCAACCACUCAUGAAAUAGUCACAGUGGGUGACCCUUUACUCUCCUCUGGACUCCGAAGCAUUGGCUCCAGGCGACACAGCACUUCUUCCCUGUCACCCCAGCGGUCUAAACUCCGGAUUAUGUCUCCAGUGAGAACUGGGAGUUCUUACUCCAGGAAUAGUGUUCCCUCAGUCUCCGCCAUCGGGACUGCCACAGAUCUUGAGUCAAGUGCCAAAGCAGUUGAUCAUGUCUUAGGACCGCUGAACUCAAACAGUAACUUAGGGCAAAACACUCCCACCUCUUCAAAUUUGCAAAGGACAGUGGUUACUAUGGGCACUAAAACCAGUCACUUGGACGGAUCUUCAUCUUCAGAAAUGAAGCAUUCCAGUGCUUCCGACUUGGCAUCCAAGAGCUCCUCUUUGAAGGGAGAGAAGGCCAAAGUGCCAGGUUCCAAGAGUUCAGAGGGAUCUGCACAUGCUGUGGCUUAUCCUGGCAUUCCCAAGCUGGCCCCGCAGCUUCAUAACACAGCAUCUGGAGAAUUAAAUGCUAGCAAGAUCGGCACUUUUGCUGAACUCUCUUCGGUGCCGUUUUCUUCUAAAGAGGCCCUCUCCUUCCCCCCACUCCAUCUGAGAGGGCAAAGGAACGAUCGAGACCAACACGCAGACUCGAACCAAUCAGUAAACCCCUCUCCCGAGGAAGAUGCGGAAGUCAAAACCUUGAAGCUAUCUGGAGUGAGCAACAGGUCAUCCAUUGUCAAUGAACAUGUGGGAUCUAGUUCCAGGGACAGGAGACAGAAAGGGAAAAAGUCUUGUAAAGACACCUUCAAAGAAAAACAUUCCAGUAAGUCUUUUUUGGAACCUGGUCAGGUGACCACCGGUGAGGAAGGAAACCCAAAGCCGGAGUUUGUUGAUGAAGUUUUGACUCCAGAAUUUAUGGGGCAACGACCAUGUAAUAAUGUUUCUUCUGAUAAGAUUGGAGACAAAGUCCUGUCUAUUCCAGGAGUCCCCAAAGCUCCAUCCAUGCAAGUAGAAGGAUCUGCCAAGGAAUUACAGACACCCCGGAAACGCACGGUCAAAGUGACACUGACGCCUCUCAAAAUGGAAAGUGAGGGCCAGUCCAAGAAUACCCUGAAAGAAAGUAGUCCCGUUUCCCCUCUGCAAAUAGAGUCAGCGUCUCCAACAGAACCAGUUUCAGCCUCUGAAAGUCCAGGAGAUGGUCCAGUGGCCCAGCCAAGCCCCAAUAAUACCUCAUCCCAGGAUUCUCAAAGUAACAAUUAUCAGAAUCUUCCGGUUCAGGACAGAAACCUGAUGCUUCCGGAUGGUCCCAAACCUCAGGAGGAUGGCUCUUUCAAGAGGAGAUACCCCCGUCGCAGUGCCCGGGCACGCUCUAACAUGUUCUUCGGGCUCACCCCACUCUAUGGGGUAAGAUCCUACGGUGAAGAAGACAUUCCAUUCUACAGCAGCUCAACUGGGAAGAAACGAGGCAAGAGAUCAGCUGAGGGACAGGUGGAUGGGGCCGAUGACCUAAGCACUUCUGAUGAAGAUGACUUGUAUUAUUACAAUUUCACUAGGACAGUGAUUUCUUCAGGCGGAGAGGAACGGCUGGCAUCCCAUAAUCUAUUUCGGGAGGAAGAACAGUGUGACCUCCCGAAGAUUUCUCAGCUGGAUGGUGUCGAUGACGGCACAGAGAGCGAUACGAGCGUCACAGCCACAGCGAGGAAGAGCAGCCAGAUUCCAAAGAGAAACGGCAAAGAAAACGGAACGGAGAACUUAAAGAUGGAGCGGCCUGAAGACGCCGGCGAGAAAGAGCACGUCAUUAAGAGUUCCGUGGGCCACAAAAAUGAGCCAAAGAUGGAUAACUGCCACUCUGUGAGCAGAGUUAAAACACAGGGGCAGGAUUCCUUGGAGGCUCAGCUCAGCUCAUUGGAGUCAAGCCGCAGAGUCCACACGAGCACCCCGUCGGACAAGAACCUACUAGACACCUACAACACCGAGCUCCUGAAAUCGGACUCGGAUAACAACAACAGCGACGACUGUGGGAACAUCCUGCCCUCGGACAUCAUGGACUUCGUCCUAAAGAAUACCCCAUCCAUGCAGGCUUUGGGCGAGAGCCCAGAGUCCUCUUCGUCGGAACUCCUAAAUCUCGGUGAAGGCUUGGGUCUCGACAGUAACCGGGAAAAGGACAUGGGUCUUUUCGAAGUGUUUUCUCAGCAGCUGCCCACGACAGAACCUGUGGACAGUAGCGUCUCCUCCUCUAUCUCGGCAGAGGAGCAGUUCGAGCUGCCCCUGGAGCUGCCGUCUGAUCUGUCCGUCCUGACCACCCGGAGUCCCACGGUCCCCAGCCAGAAUGCCAGUAGACUGGCUGUGAUCUCCGACUCAGGAGAGAAGAGGGUGACCAUCACAGAGAAGUCUGUGGCCUCCUCUGAAGGGGACUCGGCACUGCUGAGUCCCGGAGUAGAUCCGACGCCCGAAGGCCACAUGACUCCCGAUCAUUUUAUCCAAGGACACAUGGACGCGGACCACAUCUCCAGCCCUCCUUGUGGUUCAGUGGAGCAGGGUCAUGGCAACAAUCAGGAUUUAACUAGAAACAGUAGCACCCCCGGCCUUCAGGUACCUGUUUCCCCUACUGUUCCUAUCCAGAACCAGAAAUAUGUGCCCAACUCUACCGAGAGUCCUGGCCCAUCUCAGAUUUCUAAUGCAGCUGUCCAGACCACUCCACCCCACCUGAAACCAGCCACUGAGAAACUCAUUGUUGUUAACCAGAACAUGCAGCCACUUUAUGUUCUCCAAACUCUUCCAAAUGGAGUGACCCAAAAAAUCCAAUUGACCUCUUCUGUUAGUUCUACACCCAAUGUGAUGGAGACAAAUACUUCAGUAUUGGGGCCCAUGGGAAGUGGUCUCACCCUAGCCACGGGACUAAAUCCAAGCUUGCCAACUUCUCCAUCUCUCUUCCCUCCUGCUAGCAAAGGAUUGCUCCCCAUGUCUCAUCGCCAGCACUUACAUUCCUUCCCCGCAGCUACUCAAAGUAGUUUCCCACCCAACAUCAACAGCCCUCCUUCAGGCCUACUUAUUGGGGUUCAGCCUCCUCCAGAUCCCCAACUUUUGGUUUCAGAAGCCAGCCAGAGGACAGACCUCAGUACCACAGUAGCCACUCCAUCCUCUGGACUCAAGAAAAGACCCAUAUCUCGUCUGCAGACCCGAAAGAAUAAAAAACUCGCUCCCUCUAGCAACCCUUCAAACAUUGCCCCUUCCGAUGUGGUUUCUAACAUGACACUGAUUAACUUCACACCCUCCCAGCUGCCAAAUCAUCCCAAUCUGCUAGAUUUGGGCUCACUUAACACUUCAUCUCACCGAACUGUCCCCAACAUCAUAAAAAGGUCUAAAUCUGGCAUCAUGUAUUUUGAACAGGCUCCGCUGUUACCGCAGAGUGUGGGAGGCACUGCCGCGGCGGCGGCGGGCGCAUCAACAAUAAGCCAGGACACUGGCCACCUCACCGCGGGGCCUGUGUCUGGCUUGGCAUCCGGUUCCUCCGUCUUGAACGUUGUAUCCAUGCAAACCGCGACAACCCCCACGAGUAGUGCGUCAGUUCCGGGACAUGUCGCGUUAACCAACCCCAGGCUGCUCGGCACCCCGGAUAUUGGCUCAAUAAGCAACCUUUUAAUCAAAGCCAGUCAGCAGAGCCUGGGGAUGCAGGACCAGCCUGUGGCUUUACCACCAAGUUCAGGAAUGUUUCCGCAACUGGGGACAUCCCAGGCUCCUCCUGCCGCGAUGACAGCGGCAUCUAGCAUCUGCGUGCUCCCCUCUGCUCAGACUGCGGGCAUAACGGCCGCCUCGCCUCCGGGGGAAGCAGAAGAACACUAUCAGCUUCAGCACGUGAACCAGCUCCUUGCCAGCAAAACUGGGAUUCUCCCUUCCCAGCGUGAUCUUGAUUCUGCUCCAGGGACCCAGGGAGCCAGCUUUCCCCAGACAGUAGAUGCCCCCAACAGCGUGGGGCUGGAGCAGAACAAGGCUUUAUCCUCAGCUAUGCAAGCCAGCUCAGCCUCUCCUGGGGGCUCUCCGUCCUCUGGGCAGCAGUCAGCAAGCCCCUCCGUGCCGGGUCCCACCAAACCCAAACCAAAAAUCAAACGGAUUCAGCUGCCUUUGGACAAAGGGAAUGGCAAGAAGCACAAAGUUUCCCAUUCGCGGACCAGUUCUUCUGAAGCACACAUUCCAGACCAGGAAGCCAGCGCGACAUCCCUGACCUCAGUCACAGGGACUCCAGGAGCAGAGGCUGAGCAGCAGGGGACUGCUGAUGUGGAACAGUCGUCCCAAAAGGAGUGUGGGCAGACCACAGGGCAAGUUCUUCCUGAGAUUCAGACAACACAAAAUUCAGCAAAUGAACAAGAAAGUACAGAACCUAAAACAGUGGAAGAAGAAGAAAGCAAUUUCAGCUCUCCACUGAUGCUUUGGCUCCAGCAAGAACAGAAAAGAAAGGAAAGCAUUGCUGAGAAAAAGCCCAAGAAAGGACUUGUUUUUGAAAUUUCAAGUGAUGAUGGCUUUCAGAUCUGUGCAGAAAGUAUCGAAGAUGCCUGGAAGUCACUGACAGAUAAAGUCCAGGAAGCUCGAUCAAAUGCCCGCCUAAAGCAGCUCUCAUUUGCAGGUGUUAACGGCUUGAGGAUGCUGGGGAUUCUUCACGAUGCGGUCGUGUUCCUGAUUGAGCAGCUCUCUGGUGCCAAGCACUGCAGGAAUUACAAAUUCCGUUUCCACAAACCGGAGGAGGCCAACGAACCCCCCCUGAACCCUCAUGGCUCGGCCAGGGCUGAAGUUCACCUGAGGAAGUCAGCAUUUGACAUGUUUAACUUCCUGGCUUCUAAACAUCGGCAGCCUCCCGAAUACAACCCUAAUGAUGAGGAGGAGGAGGAGGUACAGCUGAAGUCCGCUCGGAGGGCAACAAGUAUGGACCUGCCGAUGCCCAUGCGUUUCCGGCAUUUAAAGAAGACUUCUAAGGAGGCAGUUGGUGUCUACAGGUCUCCCAUUCACGGCCGGGGUCUUUUCUGUAAGAGAAACAUCGAUGCGGGUGAGAUGGUGAUUGAGUAUGCUGGCAAUGUCAUCCGUUCCAUCCAGACUGACAAGCGAGAGAAGUAUUAUGACAGCAAGGGCAUCGGUUGCUACAUGUUCCGAAUUGAUGACUCCGAGGUGGUGGACGCCACCAUGCAUGGAAACGCUGCACGCUUCAUCAACCACUCCUGUGAGCCCAACUGCUACUCUCGGGUCAUCAACAUCGAUGGGCAGAAGCACAUUGUCAUCUUUGCCAUGCGCAAGAUCUACCGCGGGGAGGAACUCACUUACGACUAUAAGUUCCCCAUCGAGGAUGCCAGCAACAAGCUACCCUGUAACUGUGGUGCCAAGAAAUGCCGGAAGUUCCUAAACUAAGGCUGCUCCUCUCCCCCGGUGGUGGAGUACGAGGACCCGGGGCCAUCCAAAGCGAUGCUGAAGGCCUUUGCCAGCAGCUAGGAGUUCCAGGAUUGAGUGGGCACGGUUUGAGGGGCCUCCGUGAUGGCCGGGCUCCCUUACGUACGUCCCACGUUCACAUUAUACGUGUGAUCGCGGUCCUGGAGAGAGAGAUGAGGUCUCAAAGAAAAGCUCCGUGACCGGCUUUCUUCUGGGGCCCCUUCUGAUUGUACGCCGUUAAAGAGUGGAAGUGGGGUCGCGCGCAGACUUGCCUGGAAGGAGCCUGUAGAGGGUUAGUUACGUUGGGAGAUUGGGCCCGAGUGUCUCCUCAGAGAGAAGUUGCCAUCCCCGCCUUGGCCCUUUCCCCAGCACUAUACGCGAGGGGUCAGGCAGGGCCCCAAAUAAUAGAGUCGGUCGGAUGCCUGAUAGUGUGCCAGCCGGGCCCAGCCUGUAGCCAUCUGUUGAACAAACAGAGAAGGUCUGGUGGUUUUCCCUCCUACCCUCCCGCUUGAGAGUUCACUUCUGGUUGGGAGACAGGAUUCUUAGCACCUUUGGUGUCAAAAGGGUGUCUUGGGGUUGUGCCAAUCAAUCACCAAACAUUGAGCCUGUGGGCUUUAAGUGGGAGCGUUCCCCCCAUGAGCCUUAUCUCAGCCAAUGACCUUUCUUGACGAUGGGAGUGGCUUCCCUCUCAUUCCUUCUCCUCACUCCACUUUCUUCGUUUCCCCUGUCUCAUCCCACCGCUUUCCCGAUCUUUCUGGGUGGUAGAGAGGAGUGACUCCCUGCUCAGGGACACCCCCUGUUGGGCAUAGUACGUGCCUACGAACCGAUCCCUGAGCCUGUAAGCACUCCCAGUGGGGAAGUGGACAGGAGCCAUUGGCCGUAACCAGACAGAAUUCGGAGUUUUCAUAAGGCUCCGCUGAGAGUUUUAAAGAAAUAUAUGUAGCAUGAUUUUUUAGAAGAGGAAAAAGAUUAUUUACAUAGGAUCUGAAUCAUGCAACAACCAGAGUAUCACAACCAGGACAAACCCCUGGGCCCCCUUCCUAGGACAUGGUGACUUUAUUUUCCCCUUGUUGAGACAUAGGAAGACUUCAUUUUUAAACGGUCGGUGUCCAGUUGAAGGCAGAACACUAAUCAGAUUUCAAGGCCCAAAACUUGGGGACUAGACCACCUUGUAUCGAGGGACCUCUGCCACCUGCGCAAAAUCCACAGAUUAAGUAAAUUAAAUGACACUACUGCCCUGAUUACUCCUUAGGAUGUGGUCAAAACAGCAUCAAAUGUUUCUUCUCUUCCUUUCCCCAAGACGGUGUCCUGAACCUGUUAAAUUAAGUCAUUGGAUUUUACUCUGUUCUGUUUACAGUUUACUAUUUAAGGUUUUAUAAAUGUAAAUAUAUUUUGUAUAUUUUUCUAUGAGAAGCACUUCAUAGGGAGAAGCACUUACGACAAGGCUAUUUUUUAAACCGCGGUAUUAUCCUAAUUUAAAAGAAGAUCGGUUUUUAAUAAUUUUUUAUUUUCAUAGGAUGAAGUUAGAGAAAAUAUUCAGCUGUACACACAAAGUCUGGUUUUUCCUGCCCAACUUCCCCCUGGAAGGUGUACUUUUGUUGUUUAAUGUGUAGCUUGUUUGUGCCCUGUUGACAUAAACGUGUCCUGGGUUUGCUCUUUGACAAUAAAUGGAAAAGGAAGGUCACCCAACUCCAUUGGGCCACUCCCCUCCUUCCCGUGUUGAAGCUCCUCAAAAGGCUGUGGGAGUACCUGACACAGCAGUGCCCCCCUUCUUUCCUGCACUCGCUCUCUCCUUUCUGGGACCAGCUCAGAGCGGCGAGAGGUGUGAUCUACAUUUCCCUCAUCUUUCCCUACUUCAGAGAUAGCAACCAAGUUGAAUGGCAACCUGACAUUUUCCAUCACCAUCUGCCUCAUCGGUCACCUCGUUCCCUUUCCGUCUGCCCGCCAGGUCCUCAUACCUGCAAAGAACCCACGGAUCCCCCUGUGCCCUCUUUCGGGGCAGCCCGUUGAAACUGAAGCACAGUCUGACCACUCACGAUAAAGCAGAUUUUUCUCUGCCUCUGUCGGCCACUGGGUUUCAGAGCAGUGCGGUCCAGUAGAGGGCAGGGCGCCCUUUUCUCCCACGAGAAGCCCAUUCCUAUGGAAGUCUAGCAAAGCAAUACGACCCAGCCCUGCGCUCUCUGCCCCAGGACUCAUGGCUCUGCUGUGCCUUCCACCCUGGGCUUCCUGUUCUUCCGUGACCUUAAGAACUGUGUCUGGUGGCUUUGCUGGAACAUUGUCACUGUGUUCGCUGUCAUGCAGGGAGCCCAGCACUGUGGCCAGGAUGGCAGAGACUUCCUUGUCAUCAUGGAGAAGUGCCAGCAGGGGACUGGGGAAAAACACUCUACCCAGACCUCGCCUCCCUUCCUCCUUUGCCCGUGAACAAGAUACGGUGGCCCUAGGGGUCCCACUAGUGUCUGGUCUCCUUUAUUAUUGCACUGUGUGAGGUUUUUUUGUAAAUCCUUUUACUCCUUUUUUUUUUUCUUUUUUCUUUUUUUUUUUUUUAAGAAAAAAAAAAAAAAACCUUAAGCUGCAUUUGUUACUGAAACGAUUAAUGCACUGAUGGGUCGUGAAUUCACCUUGAGAAAGACCCAAAGGCCAGUCAGGGGUUGGGGGAGACUCAGCUAAAUAGACCUAGUCACUGCCCUGCUAGGCCAUGCUGUACUGUGAGCCCCCUCCUCGUUCUCUUUUCUACCAAUCCCAAACCCUGAGGCCAGAGGAGGGACCACAUCUUUCCUUCUCUUGCCAGCUGCAGAUGGUUUGCCUUGCCUUUUCACUCCCCGUCAACCAUAGAAACGAGUAAUUCCUCUUCUAGCUCAGCCUCGAGUCCAUUGCCAAAAUUCAGCAUACCUGCCAGCAACUUGGGGAAUAAGCUAAGGUUUCCCUACAAGAGGGAAAGAAGGCAAAAAAAAACAAAAACAAAAACAAAACACGGCCUAUCUGUCUCCAAAAACACCCGAGUUUGUUUUGAAAGUGACCAAGGGAAUCUCCGCACAAAAGUGCAGACCGAGGAACUGUGGUGAGUCAUUCCCAGGAACCCCCCCCCAAGGGGCAUCCCGAAUCCCUAAGGAGUAACACAGCUGCAAGCCUGGUCAGUUCUCAGUGAGAGAGCCAGCUCCCUUACAGCUUUGCUGCUAGAACCUGUUGUGGCUGCAUUUCCUGGUGGCCAGUGACAACUGUGUGACCAGAACAGCUGCAUGGCGCUGACCCUAUGGCCGGAACUUGGUCCCCUGGCUCCCUCUGUUACCGUCCACCACCUCCAGCACAGCCCUCCUGGUUUUAGACCAAUCACCAGAAUUCAGGGGGAAGCCCUGGCAGCUAGAUGUAAGAUUUCAACCAGACUCCUUUGCCGGGAUACGGUCCGCCACCCCGCUUGCCUCUGUCAACCCCCUCCCGGCGCCCCCACCCCUCCCCUCCCCUUCCCUCCCCUCCCCUCCCCGGCCAACGCAGUGAGCACCAUGCAGCUCCCUUGAUUUAAAAAAUACAACAACAACAACAUAAAAACAAAAUAAAAAACAAAAAAAAACACAAAAAACAAAAAACAAAAAAAAUCUUUUAAUGAAUGUAUCUUUCUAAAGGACUGACGUUCAAUCAAAUAUCUGAAAAUACUAAAGGUCAAAACCUUGUCAGAUGUUAACUUUUAAGUUUGAUUUGGGAUUUUUUUUUUUUUUUUUAACUAGAAAUCGAGUUUGGGUUUUUCUUGGUUUUGGUUUUUUGUUUUUGUUUUUUUUUUCUUUUUAAAGGAAAAGCGGGUCAUUGCAAAGGGCUGGGUGUAAUUUUAUGUUGCAUUUCCUUCAUUUUAAAGCAAUACAAGGUUAUCGAGCAGAUGGUUUUGUGCCGAAUCAUGAAUACCAGUCAAGUCUCACACUCUGAAAACUUGCAACUUUUUUUGUUUUGGUUUUCCAAUAAAUAUAAAUAUGAUAUAUAUAGGAACUAAUAUAGUAUUGCACCAUGUAACAAAGCCUAGUUCAGUCCAUGGCUUUUAAUUCUCUUAACACUAUAGAUAAGGAUUGUGUUACAGUUGCUAUAGUAGUGGCAGGAAAGUGUCAGUCUGGCGCUCCUCUGAUCCUCCGAAACCGGGGGGGAGACCCAAACCAUAAAGGGACCGGGGAACGACCCAUUCCUAGGAUCAGAGAGAAAUGCAGAAAUGGUGUCACCUGGAUUUUUUCUGCCCAUGAAUGUUGCCAGUCAGUACCUGUACUCGUUUUCUCUAUUUUUGGUUAUGAAUGUUGGGGUUACCACCUGCAUUUAGGGGAAAAUUGUGUUCUGUGCUUUCCUGGUAUCUUGUUCCGAGGUACUCUAGUUCUGUCUUUCAACCAAGAAAAUAGACUUGUGGUGUUUCUUUUAUUGAACUUUUAACAGUCUCUUUAGUAAAUACAGGUAGUUGAAUAAUUGUUUCAAAAGCUCAACAGAUGACAAGCUUCUUUUCUAGAAAUAAGACAAUUUCUUGACAACUUUAUCAUGUAUAACAGAUCUUUUGGUUUUUUUCCUUGUGUUCUUCCAAGCUUCUGGUUAGAGAAAAAGAGAAAAAAAAAAAAAAAAGGAAAAAAAUGUGUCUAAAGUCCAUCAGUGUUAACUCCCUGUGACAGGGAUGAAGGAAAAUACUUUAAUAGUUCAAAAAAUAAUAAUGCUGAAAGCUCUCUACGAAAGACUGAAUGUAAAAGUAAAAAGUGUACAUAGUUGUAAAAAAAAAAAAAGGAGUUUUUAAACAUGUUUAUUUUCUAUGCACUUUUUUUUAUUUAAGUGAUAGUUUAAUUAAUAAACAUGUCAAGUUUAUUGCUGCA